AUGCCAAAAUAUAGAGCCUUAGGGCCCCAACGAAUGUCCUCGGAAGGUCCGACAGUAAAAGUGAGAGUAGAACAUUCGAAUAUGUCAUCGACUGGGACAGAAAUCAUGAAUUUGGAGGAGCUGCGAGAUCCCUCAGGCAUCUUCGCGCUGAUCGAGGUGGUGGGCAAGGGCACCUACGGAAACGUCUAUAAGGGCCGUCACAGGCGCACAGGCCAGCUGGCCGCCAUCAAGGUGAUGCCAAUCACCGAGGAGGACGAGGAGGAAAUCCUACUGGAGAUUAACACUCUUCGUCGGCUCUCCAACCAUCGAAACAUCGCCACUUACUUCGGUGCCUUUAUUAAAAAGGCCAACCCGAACGACCACCUGUGGCUCGUGAUGGAGUACUGUGGGGCCGGUUCGGUGACAGAUUUGGUCAAAAGUACUCGGGGUCAGUCAUUGAAGGAGGACUGGAUUGCCUACAUCUGUCGAGAGAUUCUUCGGGGCCUGUCUCACCUCCACGCCAACCGAGUCAUUCACCGAGACAUCAAGGGUCAGAAUGUCCUCCUUACAGACAACGCGGAUGUCAAGCUGGUCGACUUCGGCGUGAGCGCCCAAUUGGAUCGAACCAUUGGAAAGAGGAAUACCUUCAUUGGAACCCCCUACUGGAUGGCCCCAGAGGUGAUAAGUUGCGAGCAGGACACGAGCUGCACCUACGAUGCGCGCUCCGACAUCUGGUCGUUGGGUAUCACAGCUCUAGAGAUGGCGGAGGGUCGUCCACCCCUCUGCGAGAUGCACCCAAUGCGUGCUCUCUUCCUCAUCAUGCGCAAUCAACCGCCUCGCCUCAAGACGGGUCUUGGCGCCCGUCAGUGGUCUCCCCAUUUCCACGACUUCAUCUUCAGGAGCCUCGCUAAGGACUUUCGCAAGAGACCCACCACCACCGAGCUGUUGAAGCACGAUUUUGUCGCUAAUCUACCCAAUGAACGGCAGGUGCGCAUUCACCUCAAGGACUACAUCGACCGACACAAGCGUACGCGGCGAAGCACCGACGAAAAGGACAAGGUGUACGAGUACGAAGGCAGCGAUGUAGAGGAUGACGAGUCGCCCGCUCCACCUCCGCCACCACCACCGCCGCCGGCACAAGCCUGUGCUGCCGCUGCUUCCAAAGAUCCCUUCGCACUCGCACAGCACCGAGCAGCCUACAUCCACCAACAACAGCCGCAAGUGGCACGUGGGUAUCGUCCCGGUGCUAUUUCAUCACGGGGUCAGUCUCAACCCUCCUUCCUCGCCGCUCAGCCACAGCACAGAGGUAUACCACCACCGCAGCAGCAACAGCAUCUGGUGCAGCGUUCGGGUAUGUACCGACCACCACCGGCGGUUCAACAGCAGCAUCGAAACUCGCAGGUGCUCAAUGGAGAUGGGGGAACACGUGGUUCGGUGAUUGAGGCACCGGGAGAUCCGAGCACAGCGGUGGCCGCGGAGGAGCACACAUUGAGGCAGAAGUUUGCCCGCCUCCAGGAACGCGAACGACAUCCAGGUUCAGGUGCUGUACGCCAAGUUACGUCACCACCCCAACAACAACAACAGCAUCACUACCCACAGCAACAGCAUACAGUGUACCAAUCCCAACAGCAGCAACAACAACAAUCCUCCGUCUCCUCACAAUUCUCCCGGGGGCCCAAGCUCGGUGUAACCGCGGCUACGGCGAAUGCGAAGCAACAACAACAGCCUUUGUCGUCAUCAAGUGAGGAGAAAUUCGAGGACACGGCACACCACUUCCCCAUGCAACAGCAGCAACAACUUCGCUCAGCCAAACAAUUGUUCGUCGGUAACACUAGUAGCAACGGUGCCGACGCUCCGCUUUCACGCCAUCAGAAUAUCAUAACACCCAAAUUCCCACCGAUUAGAGCGGGUGCGGAGUCUAGGACGGGCAGCGGAAACGUGCCACCGGACAUGCGACGUCCCUUGGACUUGAACAAGCAGCACUCCCAUUCGCACCAUCAACUUCAACAGCAUCACCCGCUCUCACAGUCUAGCAGCAGCGGUGGUGGUAGUGGACAGAACUAUCCGCCGAGGACUAACAUCAAUGGAACUCCCACUCGUCAGCAGCUCGCUGUGAGAUCGCCGUCUCAGUUCUCUGAGGAGUCACCAACUCCUCUGUCCACUCCACGCGUGAGUCAGCACCAAUUUGUGCGUCAGCCCAUUUUGGGUCUCUCACGCAAUAUACCCGCCACUCCGCCACCCCCACCAGCACCAGCGCCUAGUCAAUCACAGUCGCAGCAACAGAAGACGCCCGCUGGUCAACCAGCCAGUGGCAAGCCUGAGGAACUGGAUCGUCUUGCAGCUCAUCUCACGGACAUGGGUUCACGAACUCCCCUGCCAGCAAAGGUCACCAACGGCAAAGGCGGCAGCGGCGAGGCUCCUACCACCACCCCUACCCCUCCCUCCUCCCCCUCUACUGGCUCUACGCACUCCGAUUCAUCAGUUUCUUCCUCCCAUUCGCAUUCUGAUGCGAAUUCGUCACCUCUCCAGCAGCGCCGUCGUCAUAGAGGCUCUAGUUUCCGCGGUGAUGCCGACAAUAGACGUCAGACAGUGGUUGAAAAUAUCUCUGUGGAUGAAGUAGAAGGAGAGGUGGAAGAGGAGACAGACGAUCUUGCAAACACUGAGGAUGUUAACGAGGAAGACGAGGAGGUACAGCUGAAGGAUCCAGAUGCAGAGGAUGAGGACGCCGACGAUGAUGAUGGCGAAGUAGAGGUGGUAGAAGAAGAGGGCGAACAAGGUGCACUGGAUGUAGAGGAGACAGAACAUGUGAGGUCCACUCUUUCCAUCCUCCGACCUUCCAGAAAGGAGGAUCCGGGAACCGUAGGAGCGGAGGAAGACUCAUCCAAGCAGACCUCUGAAAGUGGUGGUGGGAAGCUUUUACGCAGACCCGAGGCACCCCCAGUCCCGCACAGGGACACUUCUGCCUCACCCCCACCCCUGCCCCCUAGAUGUCAGCCGCCCCUUGACUCCAACGCCCUUCCUGAUGGUGGUGGUGGUGGUAACCCAGUGGCGUGUUUCCCCCUUAUCACGACCUGUAUCAAUGGGCUGCAGCUACAGCUGGUUAGUUGCUUUCCUCCCGAGCUGCUGACCGAGGCAGACCCGCGUAAAGACCGCUCGCAGGUGGAUAGGAGUGAAGUUGAUGAAAAAAGCAACAGAAGAUACUCAGCUCCCCCCAGCUACCUUGUGCCGAUGUUACCCUCGGAUGAGUUCACUCAGGAGACGUUGAACAGUCUGAAUUCGAUUUUGGAGAACUCCAAUUCCAAUCAGACACCGGGAGGUCGCAAUCAUGAGAAAGAAACGGAGGAUGCGGAGACCAUUCAACGCUCAGUUCAACGCCGCCCACACCCCGGUGGCGCCACAGGUCUUCACAACCAUCUAACCCAACUGACACAGCAACAGCGUCCAAGUAGUGUGGUCUACACAGGUGCUGUUGGAAAGCUCUGGCCAAAAUCUGAAGAAUAUCCAGUGACCAAUUUCGGUGUAGUCUCAUCUUCAGGCCAGCAACAACAACAACAACAGCAGCAGCAACAGUCAACUGCCGCAGUUUCAGCCCCGAGUGGGCAGCAGAGACGCACGCAGGACGAUGCUAGUCGCGGCGCCCUCGUUGCAUCGCGUCGGACCACCGGUGCUGCCGCUGCCGCCGCCGCUGCUGCUGUGCCUCAGUCACCCUCCUUCUCCUCCGGUCUCCACCUUCCCUCCUCCGCUGCCAGUGCUGUGUCCACCGGUGGCGAGUCUGCUGGUGCUGCCUCAGGACGAGUUGAAUUGAACAAGGCGCCGUCGCAACUCCUUCCAACUACUGUCGAAGUGGCUCCAUCUCCCCAACAGUCCCAACUGCCCCAGCAACAACACGAGGAGACGCCAGAGGUGCACGUCUACAAGAAGCGCUUCAACUCAGAGAUCCUCUGCGCUGCCAUGUGGGGUGUCAAUCUCCUCAUUGGACUUGACACUGGACUUUCCCUACUCGAUCGAUCGGGCGAAGGGAAAGUCUACUCGCUGAUUAGUCGACGACGCUUCUUGCAGAUGGCUGUGCUAGAGGGUCAGAAUAUCCUGGUGACUAUCUCGGGACGCAAGAAUCGCCUUCGCGUCUACUAUCUCUCCUGGCUCAAGAGCAAAAUCAUGAAGUCCGAGGGGUGUGACAAGAAGAAUGGUUGGGUAAACGUGGGUGAGAAUCUGCACGGUGCGGUCACCUUCAAAAUCGUGAAGUACGAUAACAUCAAGUUCCUCGUCAUCGCCCUUCGUGACUCCGUGGAGAUAUACGCGUGGGCGCCCCGACCCUACCACAAAUUCAUGGCUUUCAAGCUCUUCUCCUCACUGCACUUCCGUCCCCUGCUGGUGGAUCUGACGGUGGAGGAGAAUCAACGGCUCAAAGUCAUCUACGGCUCCGAGGCGGGCUUCCAUGCCAUCGAUCUGGACACAAACACCGUCUUCGACCUCUACCUCUGUCCCAAGCCCAAUCGUGGAAUCAUCACCCCCCAUUGUAUAGUCGUUCUGCCGAAUACUGAUGGAUUGCAGCUUUUGCUCUGCUAUGACACGGAGGGCGUGUACGUGGACACGAGUGGGAAGAUGACGAAGAACGUGGUGAUUCAGUGGGGCGAGUCGCCCACCUCCGUGGCCUACAUCCCGUCCUCGGGUCAGUUGCUGGGUUGGGGUCUGCGCGCCAUCGAGGUGCGCUCCGCGGAGACCGGCCACCUUGAUGGCGUCUUCAUGCAUAAGCGUGAGCAGCGCUUCAAGUUCCUCUGCGAGCGUAACGACAAGGUCUUUUUCUCCAACACCCGGUCCGGAUCGCCACAGGUCUCAAUGAUGACCCUGAGUGGGAUCCAUUGGUAA